AUGGCAUCAGAUGCGGCCUCGCUCCUUGUCCUCCAGCUUGUCUUACAGCCAACUCUGGUGACAGGCAUCACGAUACAGACGGCCAUCAAGAACUUCCGAAUCUUACAUGUCGACUACCCCAUGGUUAACUACCCGAAGGGUUUCCACGGGUACUGUAAUGGCCUCAUGGCCUACGUGAGAGGCAAACUCCAGGACUGGUACUGCCCUAAGAUCCACUAUGUGGUCCAUGCCCCCUUUGAAAGCAUCCAGAAGUUCUGCAAAUACAGCGAGAGCUUCUGUGAGAACUACAACGAGUACUGCACCCUCACUCAGAACUCCUUCCCCAUCACUGUCUGUACCCUGGAUCAUAAGCAGGCCCCAACCAGCUGUAGCUACAACAGCACUCUGACCAACCAAAGGCUGUACUUGCUCUGCUCCCGCAAGCAUGAUGCUGAACCAAUAGGUGUCAUCGGCCUCUACUAG